AUGGACUCUCAAUCCCACAACAAUUCUGCUUACAAUGUAAUACCGACGCCAACCACCAGAGGGCAGGCAAGUCACAGAAAUGAGUCUAUAAGACAACAGACACACAGCGCAUUAUCAGACAGAUCCAGGAGGGAGAGAGAAGAGCACACGCCUUGGAGAAAAUCAACAGCCAGAGAGCUCAAGGCUGGACCUGGGCACCAUCCAUCAAUCAUCCCGUUAAACAAGUGUCAUAACACUAACACUGAGAGUAGAGUGUGUAUUCAGAGACCCACUACCUCUAUACUAAACGCUCUCCUCGUCACCAAUGAUGUGCAAGGAAUAAAUAGCAAAUGUUUGAUGUAAUUAACUAAUCAGUGUAGCCGAAUAUAGACAUAUCUAUGGCAGAUGAUUUCCAAAUCAAUGCAAACAACUUCAUAUGUGGUGUAAUUUAUCAUAGAUCAUCGAUUGAAAGUAAAGCUAGUGAAUGCGUGUAACAAGCACACGUUAUACUGCAAUUAAAUGUACUCUGAUCUGUAUAUGUUGACAUUCUUCCGAACAGUUUGUUGCAGUUAUUUUCUUACGGACCGAGAUUCAUUAUGGUGGUAUUUUCUUGUAUUUUCAGUGGUAUUUUGAAAAUGGAUGUUACUCCCUAAUGAUGUUUUUCUCUCUCCCAGACUUGAGAGGUGAGCAACUGCAGCAUAGAGGACAGGGAGAUGAAAGAGAGUUAUAGGACCCUGUUGAGAAUGUUCCUCUUAGAGAUGACCUUCCAAAUGAGAGAGAGGAGAAAAGGAGAGGGAGAGUAGAGGAGAGGGAGGUCACUGCUGAGAGCGGAGUUAACAGGCUUUCAGAGGAGGUUGAGACACUUCAGGAAAUAGCAGACAUUCUGCUCAUGCUGAAGCAGAGGAUAGAAGAUGAGUGA